AUGUGUGUUCCUAAGUCAAUGAUGAGGGUAUCGGAACCAAUACUGGACAUGGAUAUGGCAAAUUACAGUGAAGUUUUGGACCCAACGUAUACAACCUUGGAGUUUGAAACUAUGCAGAUUCUAUAUAAUUCAAACGAGAGCUCUGCUCCAGAGACAACAAGUAUGAAUACCACAGACAAUGGUGUCAACUGUCUAUGUGCUAUAUGUGGGGACAGAGCGACAGGAAAGCAUUAUGGAGCAUCAAGCUGUGAUGGGUGCAAGGGCUUCUUCAGACGCAGCAUACGCAAGAGUCACGUUUAUUCCUGCAGGUUCAGUCGGCAAUGUGUUGUUGACAAGGACAAAAGGAAUCAAUGUAGAUAUUGUCGAUUAAGAAAGUGUUUUAGAGCAGGAAUGAAAAAAGAAGCUGUGCAAAAUGAACGUGAUCGAAUAAGCACCAGAAGGAGCACAUUUGAUGGCAGCAACAUCCCCUCCAUUAACACACUGGCACAGGCAGAAAUUCGGUCUCGCCAGAUCUCAAUCUCAAGCCCUGGAGCAAGCACUGACAUAAAUGUUAAGAAAAUUGCAAGUAUCAGUGAUGUCUGCGAAUCUAUGAAGCAGCAGCUCUUAGUCUUGGUGGAAUGGGCUAAAUAUAUCCCCGCCUUCUGUGAGUUACCGCUGGAUGACCAGGUGGCACUGUUGAGAGCUCACGCAGGGGAACAUUUACUGCUUGGAGCGACAAAGAGAUCCAUGGUGUAUAAAGAUAUUUUGCUUUUGGGAAACAACUACGUAAUUCACCGCAACAGCAGUGAAAUUGAGAUCAGCCGCGUGGCCAACCGGGUUCUAGACGAGUUGGUACGACCAUUUCAAGAAAUUCAGAUUGAUGACAAUGAAUAUGCUUGUUUGAAGGCAAUUGUAUUUUUUGAUCCAGAUGCGAAAGGGCUAAGCGACCCGGUAAAGAUUAAGAACAUGCGGUUCCAAGUGCAGCUCAGUUUGGAGGACUACAUCAAUGACAGGCAAUAUGACUCCCGGGGGAGGUUUGGAGAGCUGCUCUUGCUCCUGCCCACGCUGCAGAGCAUCACCUGGCAAAUGAUUGAGCAAAUACAAUUCGUUAAACUUUUUGGGAUGGUUAAAAUUGACAACUUACUUCAGGAAAUGUUACUAGGUGGUGCUUCCAGUGACGCCAGCCAUCUCCAUCAUCCGGUGCACCCACAUUUGUCUCAAGAUCCAUUAACCGGACAAACUAUACUUUUAGGUCCCAUGUCAACACUGGUUCAUACAGACCAGAUCUCAACUCCUGAGACCCCACUCCCUUCCCCACCACAAGGCUCUGGACAAGAACAGUACAAAAUAGCCGCAAACCAAGCUUCAGUGAUUUCACACCAGCCUCUCUCCAAACAAAAGCAAUUGUGA